AUGCCUGCCCUGCGCUCCUCCUCUCGCCUCCAGAGCACCUCCACCUGCGCCCUAUCCUCCCCUCUGCAGAGGAGCCUGGGGAGUGGGCCUGGAAGUCUGGCCGCGUCCCCCAGUUCAUCGGUCAGGGUGGUCGGUGAUGACGGGGACUCGGAGCAGACAUCAGAGGGGGAGAGUGACUCUCUAUCCCCCAGCGAAGACAGUGACUUUGAGGACAGCCUGAAACGCAGUGCGAAGAAGAGAGCUGCAAAACGACCACUCAAAACAACUCCAGUAGCUAAACAACCCAAAAAGGCAUCCAGAAUAGUACGUGGUCGUGAACAGAAAAAGGAAGAACCACCACCCAGUGAUCUCUUUGAUGCUGUGAAAGCUGCCAAAGGUGACAUGCAGACAUUGGUGGACGAAUGGCUGGAAAGCUACAAGCAAGACCCAGAGGCAGGCUUCCUGGAGCUCAUUAAUUUCUUCAUCCGAUCUUGUGGAUGCAAAGGCACAGUGACCCCUGAGAUGUUCUCGAAGAUGUCCAACUCCGAGAUUAUCCGGCUCCUAACAGAACAGUUUAAUGAGGACUCAGGCGACUACCCAUUGACAGCUCCAGGUCCGUCCUGGAAGAAGUUCCAGGGCAGCUUCUGUGAAUUUGUGAGGACGCUGGUUUACCAGUGCCAGUACAGCCUCCUCUAUGAUGGCUUUCCUAUGGACAACCUCAUCUCUCUGCUCACUGGCCUUUCAGACUCCCAGGUCCGCGCCUUCCGCCACACUAGCACUCUGGCUGCCAUGAAGUUAAUGACCUCCUUGGUAAAAGUUGCCCUCCAGCUGAGCCUGCACAAAGAAAACAACCAGCGUCAGUAUGAUGCUGAAAGGAACAAGGGGCCUGCGCUCAGAGCACCAGAAAGGCUGGAGAGCCUGCUGGAGAAGCGCAAAGAGCUUCAAGAGCAUCAAGAAGAGAUUGAGGGGAUGAUGAAUGCCCUCUUCAGGGGUGUCUUUGUACAUCGGUACAGGGAUGUUCUUCCAGAGAUCCGGUCUAUCUGCAUCGAGGAGAUCGGAACUUGGAUGCAGAGCUACAGCACGUCUUUCCUAACUGACAGCUAUUUAAAAUAUAUUGGCUGGACCCUGCAUGAUAAGCACCGGGAGGUUCGGCUAAAGUGUCUGAAGGCUCUGAAGGGGCUUUAUGGCAACCAAGACUGGACUGCACGCCUGGAGCUCUUCACCAGCCGCUUCAAGGACCGGAUGGUUUCCAUGGUCAUGGACAGAGAGUAUGAUGUGGCAGUGGAGGCCAUCAGGUUACUGAUACUUAUCCUGAAGAACAUGGAUGGAGUGCUGACCGAGGCUGACUGCGAGAGUAUCUACCCUGUGGUAUACGCGUCUCACCGGGCGCUGGCCUGCGCUGCGGGCGAGUUCCUGUAUUGGAAGCUCUUCUACCCGGAGUGUGAGAUGAGAACAGUGGGAGGGAGAGAGCGCCACCGCAGCCCAAGAGCCCAGAGGACUUUCUUCCACCUCCUGCUGUCUUUCUUUGUGGAGAGCGAGCUCCAUGACCAUGCUGCGUACCUGGUGGACAGCCUCUGGGACUGUGCGGGGCCUCAGCUGAAAGACUGGGAAAGUCUCACGAGCCUCCUGCUGGAGAAGGACCAGAAUCUAGGCGAUGUGCAAGAAAGCACGCUGAUAGAGAUCCUCGUGUCCAGCGUUCGUCAGGCAUCUGAGGCUCACCCACCGGUUGGUCGGGUCACUGGGAGGAAGGGCUUAACUUCGAAAGAACGGAAGAUCCAAGCUGAUGACAAGGUGAAACUGACUGAACACCUCAUCCCUCUGCUGCCGCAGCUUCUGGCCAAGUUCUCAGCUGAUGCUGAGAAGGUGGCCCCCCUGCUUCAGCUUCUCAACUACUUCGACCUCCACAUCUAUUGCACCCGGCGCUUGGAGAAGCACCUGGAGCUGCUCCUGCAGCAACUGCAGGAGGUGGUGGUGAAGCACGCCGAGCCAGCAGUGCUGGAAGCCGGAGCGCACGCCCUCUACCUGCUCUGUAACCCCGAGUUCACCUUCUUCAGCCGGGUGGACUUCGCCCGCAGCCAGCUGGUCGAUCUACUGACCGACCGCUUCCAGCAGGACCUUGAAGAGCUUCUGCAGUCGUCCUUUCUUGAUGAGGAUGAGGUGUACAGCCUGGCGGCUACUCUGAAGCGCCUUUCAGCCUUCUACAAUGCUCACGACCUGACUCGUUGGGAGCUGUACGAGCCGUGCUGCCGGCUGCUGCAAAAAGCUGUGGACACAGGAGAGGCGCCACACCAGAUCAUUCUGCCAGCCUUGACUCUAGUUUAUUUUUCCAUUCUCUGGUCACUUGCCCACAUUUCUGGAUCAGACACUUCCCAGAAGCAAAUCAUGAGUCUGAAGGACAGAAUGGUGGCCUUCUGUCAGCUGUGCCAGAACUGCCUCUCAGAUGUGGAUCCCCAGAUCCAGGAGCAGGCAUUUGUCUUACUCAGCGACCUGCUUCUCAUCUUCAGCCCUCAGAUGGUUGCAGGGGGUCGGGAUUUCCUCAAACCUCUUGUCUUUCUCCCCGAAGCUACUCUUCAAUCUGAGCUAGCAAGCUUCCUCAUGGACCAUGUCUUCAUCCAGCCCGGAGAACUGGGCAGUGGUCAUUCCCAGGAGGAUCAUUUACAGAUAGAGCAGCUGCACCAGCGCCGCCGCCUCCUGGCUGGGUUCUGUAAGCUGUUGCUUUAUGGAGUGCUAGAGAUGGAUGCAGCCUCGGAUGUUUUCAAACACUACAAUAAGUACUAUAAUGAUUAUGGUGACAUUAUCAAGGAAACAUUAACUCGAGCGAGGCAGAUUGACCGAAGCCACUGCUCCCGAAUCCUGUUGCUGAGCCUCAAACAGCUGUACACAGAGCUGCUGCAGGAGCACGGGCCCCAGGGCCUGACCGAGCUUCCAGCUUUCAUCGAGAUGAGGGACCUGGCCCGCAGGUUCGCCUUAAGCUUCGGACCCCAGCAGCUGCAAAAUCGUGACCUUGUGGUCAUGUUGCACAAGGAAGGCAUUAAGUUCUCCUUGUCUGAGCCACCUCCUACUGGCUUCAACCAGCCCCCGAAUCUGGCAUUUCUGGAGCUGCUAGCAGAGUUCUCCCCGCGACUCUUCCAACAGGACAAAAAGCUGCUAUUGUCCUAUCUGGAGAAGAGUCUGCAGCGUGUCUCCCAGAUCCCUGGCCUGACCUGGGCUCCAGUGAGCACCUAUAGCCAUUCCCUCAGCCCAGUGGAGAGCACCGUGGAGACCACCCCCCAGAGUCACCCCCACCCCAAGAAGAGGCGAGUGGAAGGCCCUUCCAGGCGACACAAGGACGACAUCCCUCUGUGCCAGGAAGAAAACCUGCCCCUGAACCGCGUCCUGCCCGCACCCACCCUCACCUCCACGGCUGUGAAGAGCAGGCAGCCACUGCUGGUGCUGAAGGAAGUAGAGGAAGUUGGUUCGGAGCCCGAGGCUGCCGCAGGCAGCUCAUCCCUUUCAGGCACCCAGAGGUCAGGCCUCUCGAGCCCGCCUCGCUUCCCGACACCAUUCAGCACUUCAUGCUCUGGGCUGGGCAGCCGGCUGACACGCCUCAGCCUUAUGGAAGAGGACGAGGAGGAGCUGGCAGAGCAGAGCGAGUUGGGUGGAGAAUGGCAGGUCGAAGAUAAGCAAGCAAGUGGCCUGUCUUCGCCCAGUGAGCAUGGCCUGGACCUUCUAGAUUCCACAGAGGUGCUUCUGGAGGUACGCAGCAGCACAGGUGGUGGCGCAGCCUGGAUCUGA